UCUGUGGUUCCUAGAGACCCGUCCACUGUUCGUCUUAUUAACUGUCACCAUAUGUGUGCUGUGUGAGCCUGAUGUAACACCCACUAGAAAACUCAACAUCUCUUUGAGAAUUAUGAAGAAUUUCGAUCUAUCUUUUAAAAGCCUGACGUCCACCGAAUCACAGAAGUUUAUCAACAUAAUAAUUCAUGAGCUGGAAUUUCUCUGUAAAGGGGCCAGCCCUGAAAAUUUCAUGGAUGUGAAAAUCAUUGACUUGAGGAAUGGAAGUAUCAUUGCAGAAACUGUUGCCCAAUAUAGCUACCCCAACAAUCAGUCACAAAUUAACUUCCUGAACAAUGACCUAGUGUCCACACUCGAGGCUAUUUUUAACAACACAGACAGCUUUAAAAAUCUGAGUCAAGCCCUCGGGGGAGUUCCUGCUAACGUGAUCAACAUCUACCCUCAACCUCCAGUGAUACUGAGUAUAAAGGACUUAAAGCCCUUCGUUAGCUGUGAUGUGGGAUUUGCCAAUUACACACCAGAGAUCAUUGACGGAAGCUGGCAAUGUGUUAGCCCUUGUGUCAACAGCCCUGAUUACUGCCACCACCAGGGGGAGUGCUCCAACGCCAAGACCGGGCCAAUUUGCAAGUGCUUUGAACCACAGCUGGGUCAAUACUAUGGGGCGCAAUGCCAGUUUUACCAGCGGACUGCACAGUUUUACGGCGUGCUCUUCGGGGUACUUGCAUCCGGAUUGUUUUUACUACUCGUUAUUGGCAUGGUCAUUGGGAUUUAUUGGAACAGGAAGAGAAAGACAAGAUUCUGGGAUACCAGCAAAUUUGGUGUAAGAAGACAGUCAUCAGUGAAAGAGGAGUCUUUCCGGUUCCACCAAGACUAUACCUGAUUCCUCGAUGCCUGAGUAUGAUUUUAAUGUGACUUGGGGGAAAAUCAGGCAGAGUACACGCAUAUUAAUUUCUAUAGUAUUUACAAUGUAAGGUUUCCAUGAUUCAGUACUCAGUAAGUGGUUUAAAAGAUAUAUGUAGGCCUAUGUAUAAGAUCUUAAUUAAAAACGCAAGUAAUGAACUGUUUUCUACACGCGGA